UUUUCAGACCACUCAAUAGUAAGGUACCCUUUAAGCCAUCCACUUCAAGAUAAGAUGGUCCUUACAGUCAUCGACCUAGAAAAAGAUAUUAUCUAAUGCAAACCAAAACUGAAAACUACAAUCCUUUUUAAAUAGACAACAAAAGCAAAGUUUACACUUCACUUAAACAGACACUUAGGUUUGCUUCCUUGCUAUGCAUAAUUAAGUAAGCAGCCACUGUUAUAUUAGACUCGCACAUUUGCUCACACAGAGAAACAACAAAGCACCUAAGAAAAAGAAAGAAACAGAGUUGGAGAGUGUCAUGGAGACUAAGGUAGAUGAAGAAGCUGGGGUCAAUGGUGCUGGUGGCGCCAUCAAAGAAGAGAAAGCUCCACUCUUGAAAGCUCAAGAAUUUCCUGAAGUCGAAAGGAACAACUGGAUACACAAGGCAAUAGGUCAGACUUUUCAGACCACAGCUCAUCUAGCUAACCACUUACCCACAGGGACAGCUCUCGCGUACCAGGUCUUAUCACCAGUUCUCACUAACGGUGGACGCUGCGAUUUCGCUAGCAGAUACAUGACAGAAAUGCUGGUUUCCAUCUGCGCAUUCACUUGCUUCAUACUCAGCUUCACUGACUCUUACAGGGACUUGAAUGGAACUGUUUGCUAUGGAUUCGCCACGACCAACGGCCUCUGGAUAAUCGAUGGCAAAGCUGUUCUUCCUAAAGAACGUUCCAAAAGCUACAGACUACAGUUUAUAGACUUCGCACAUGCCUUUAUGACGCUUCUAGUGUUUGGAGCCGUGGUUAUGUUUGAUCAUAAUGUGGUCAACUGUUUCUUCCCCAAACCAUCAGCUGAAGUAGCUGAGCUUCUCACAGCUUUGCCCGUAGCCAUAGGAGUCUUUUGCAGUAUGAUGUUUGCUACAUUUCCUACUACACGCCAUGGAAUUGGCUUUCCACUCUCUGCCCAUUGCUAAAUGAUGUUCUGAUUCUAAAUGUAAUAUCUUCGACUUGUUUGUUUCAGCUGUCUUCAUCUAAUCUUUCUUGUAUUUAGAUCUCCAAAUCUCUGAGAAGAGAUUCUGAAGCUUCUCCUACAAUCGUUUUAUCCAA